AUGCUGCGGAAGGACCGUGAGGCCUUCGCGGCGAGGGGGGAGGAGGGGAUAGCUGCGCUCCUGGCGGCUAGGGCGAGGUAUGAGGGGCGCGCGCAUAUCGUCGCUGGUCUCGAAGUGCUGGCGCAGGAGCUGGUGGGGUUGGGAGAUGCGGAUGCGGUGGCGGGGGUUGUGGUUGGGAGACUUGAGGGGGAGGAUAUGGGUGUUGAAGGGUGCCGGACUCUUAGUAUGGGAUUACGGAUGUUAACUGGCCUCUUGGAGUCCCCCGGGGGAAAUUACGUGCCUGGCGAUGCGAUGACAGCGGAGAUGGGGAGACUGGCGGGACGGUGUCUGGAGAGCGGGAAUAGCGGGGUGAGAAUGGAUGGGGUGGGUCUGUGUGUGGCGCUGCAUAGGGGGGUGGGGGAGGGGAGGUUUUGGGAGGUGAUGGGGGGGGUGGGGGGGGACCCGAAGAGCUUGAUUACUUAUUAUAUUGUCAAGAGGCAGAGGGAGGCUGGAGGGGUGUAGGAUGAAAAAGUGCGAUUAAGGGGGGUGAGGAAAAGUAGAAGGGGGUGUUUUUGUUUUGUUUUUGUUGGUGCGGUUUUGUCUGCAAAGUAGGAUGAGAUAGCGUUUUUUCUAAUGUAUGAUAAUAUAUCUUCUAAAUCAUCCAUCAAGAUGGCGAUCCCACAGACGGAAUAUGAUGCGA